GCCGUGGCCGGAGCCAGGCCUGGAGCGGGCGGCCGGCGGCGUUCCGGAGCUGGGACGCGGGGCUGUACCGGCCGUGGCAGGAGGGGAUGCGUGACUGCUGGCGAGGCGGCGAAGUCACCUUCGACAUCAGCAACGACGCUCCCACCAUGGCGGGUGCCGACGCCACGUUCUCCAUCGCCCUGCGCUUCCCCGGCACCCAGGCGGCGCUUCCCGACGGCCGCGUCGUCUGGAGCCAGAACUGCACCGUCAAUGGCACCCGCGUGGCCCAGGGCGAUCCUGUCUUUCCAGAGCAGCCAGAAGAGGACGUGGGUGGCAUCUUCCCUGACGGGCAGCCCUUCCCCAGGGGCAAGAAGGGCAAAUUUGUCUACGUCUGGUGGACCUGGGGGCGCUACUGGCAGGUGGUGGAUGGGGCAGCGUCGCGGCUCACGGUGGGCACGGCCGGGGUCCCCCUCGGCUCCUACACCAUGGAGGUCGUCGUCUACCAUUACCGUGGCCGUCAGAAGUUCAUCCCCAUCGGUCGUGCCAGCACCCAGUUCAGCAUCACUGACCAGGUUCCCUUUGCGGUGGACGUGAAGCAGGUGCAGGACGCGGCUGCGGGCGACGGGCGCUUCGUGCGGAACCGCGCCGUGGCCUUCACCGUGCGGCUGCACGACCCCAGCCGGUACCUGCGCGACGCCGACAUCGCCUACUCCUGGAACUUCGGGGACCAGAGCGGGACCCUCAUCUCGCGCAGCCCCACCGUCACCCACACCUACCUGGAGGCCGGGUCCUUCACCGCCCGCCUGACCCUGCAGGCCGCCAUCCCCCUCAGCCCCUGUGGCACCUCCGCCGCCCCCAUCGUGAACCCCACCACGGGUCCCCCACCCUCGGUGCGCCCCACGCCCACGCAGCCCGCAGGCACCACGCCGGGCGGGCAGGGCACCACCGGGGCACCCAGCACCGCUCCCACACCCCGCAUCGAGCCAGCGGAGCCCACGGGGGGAUCUGCAGCUGAGCCCUCAGACCCUGCUGUCACUGAUCCCUCGGCCCCCUCUGUCACCGAGACCUCAGACCCUGCUGUCACUGAUCCCUCGGCCCCCUCUGUCACCGAGCCCGCCCUCCUGGCAUUCAGCACCGCGGUGAGCGGCACCGAGGCCGGCUCUGCUGCAGUGUCCGGGACCCCCCUGCUCCCCACCUCGGUGGUCCCAGCUGGGGACACCCUGGUCACAGUGGCCCCCACACCCUUGGAGGGAACGAUGGCUGCAGAUGCAGAGACAGAUGGAGCUACGGAUGAUGCCACAGCUGGAGUCACAGCUGGAGCCACAGCUGGAGUCACAGUUGGACCUGCAGCUGAAGCCACAGUGGGAGCCACAGCUGGAGUCACACUUGAUGCCACAGCUGGAGUCACAGCUGAUGCCACAGCUGGAGCCACAGCUGGAGCCACGAUUGAUGCUAUGGUUGAUGCCACAGCUGGAGCAACAGCUGAUGCCACAGUUGGAGCCACGGUUGAUGCCACAGCUGGAGCAACAGUGGGAGCAACCGUGGGAGCCACGGCUCUGUCCCUUGCUCCCGCCACUACUGGAGCCACUGCUGAGCCGCUGGUGCUGGUGAAGCGCCAGGCACCAGCCGCAGACUCCACCGGCUGCAUCCUGUACCGCUACGGCACCUUCUCCACACAGCUCAACAUCGUCCAGGGCAUCGAGAGCGUGGCCAUCGUGCAGGUGGUGCCGGUGGUGCCCCAGGGCAGCGAGAGCAGCGUGGAGCUGACGGUGACAUGCGAGGGGAGCCUCCCCCAGGAGGUGUGCACGGUGGUGGCAGACCCCGAGUGCCAGACGGUGCAGACGGAGACGUGCUCGGCCGUGGAACCCGCGCCCGGCUGCCAACUCGUGCUGCGCCAGGACUUCAACCAGUCCGGCCUCUACUGCCUCAACGUGUCCCUGGCCAACGGCAACGGCCUGGCCGUGGCCAGCACCCGCGUGGCUGUCGGAGGCGCUGCCCCGGCCUCUGGGAGCCCCACGAUUUUUGUGGGGCUGGUGCUCGUCGCUGCUGCUCUGGGCACAGCUGCCUACACCUACAGACGAGUCAAGUACACCCCCCUGCUGGCCAUGGCCCCUCCGGCCCCCCGGCCCAGGGGGUGGCUGCCCCCCGGCCCUGCCCUCCGCCUGCUGCUGCACCGGGCCUUCGGGGGGGCUCCGAGUGGCGAGAGCAGCCCCUCCUCCGCGGGAACACCGUCUAGAGAGCCCCCCCGCCCCGCGCCGCCCCUGCCUGGCCCGAGCCCCCAGACCCAGGGGGGGCCGCGGGCUGUGGGGGGGUCGCGUGGCCUCGAUGCCACCAAGAUUAAAGGCUCAGCUGCGCCGGUGCCUCCACCUGGUCAUGUGUCUGGGGGGGCCUGGGGGGCCGGGGGACACAACCAGCCCCAGUGUUUAUUACAACACCAGCUUUAUUACUGCGAGAGGCACUUGAAAUUGGGGUGGGAAUAA